AUGAGUAAGCGAUUCAAUUUGCCAUAUACUACACAAGAUUUAUUUCCACAGGCAUCAAUUCCGUCCACUUCUCUGCGGUUUCCACAAGGAUCGGUCUCAGGAGGAUCGUUUAUAUCAACAUCAUCUUCUGUCUUUACCAACAACAAUUCCAGCAAUGAUUACGCAGGGGGAAACGUACAAAACUUAAAAAUAAUGUUCAAGCGGUUGUUCAAGCCUACUACUCUUGAUUUUGAGACUGCUAUGUGGGAAAUAUUUCAUUUAAUAAUUAAUCCAAAAAAGAUGUACAGAUCACACUACUAUUAUAAACCUCUGUCGAAUACUAAAUCGACUUACUCAAGAGAUGAUCCCUCAUUUUUGAUAUUAUUAACGGCAUUCCUUUCAAUAAGUGCAAUUGCAUGGGGAAUAGCUUAUAGUCCUCGCAUAUGGGAUAUCGGUAAAUUGAUAGUCUACAUGGUAAUGAUUGACUUUUAUUUAAGUGGUAUUGUCAUUGCGACCAUUUCAUGGUUUGUGACGAAUAAGUUAUUCAAUAAUACGUAUGGUAAUAUCGGAGGUGUCGGAAGAUAUAAUGUUAACUAUAUCGAAUGGGGGUUUUGUUUCGAUAUUCAUUGCAAUUCAUUUUUGGUUAUUUGGUGCGUUUUGUACGUAUUGCAAUUUAUUUUGCUACCAUUAAUCAGAAUCAAGAAAUCAGUUUUCGCUUUGAUAUUGGGGAACUCUCUAUAUUUUGGGGCUAUUGGCUAUUAUUUUGUAAUAACAUUUUAUGGUUUUAAUUCUUUGCCAUUCAUUAAUAACAGUUCAACUAUUUCCAAGGGCGGGGCUAUGAACAACCCUGCUAAACUAUUACAAAUGAUCAUACUUGUUGGAAUAAUACCCACUCUUGUAGUUGGUUGGAUUUUAAGUAUCUGUUUUGGAUUUAACGUUGCCUACACUAUGGUUGAUACAUAUUUUAAUUAA